AGAUAUAAUCCACCAAAUUCUUCCGAUUCAUCAUCAUUACUUCUUUGUAAGUCAAAACAGCCAGAUGAAAAAUUUGAAAAUAUACUUUUCGUCUGGAGAUCAACAGAUGAUAUAAAUAUACUAUUUUCAAAGCAAGAAGAUAAUAUUGAAAAUGAAGAAAAUUCAUUCUCGGCAAUGGAAUUAGAUGAUACGGAUCUUGAAGAAUUUGAUGUUGAGUUACCAUUAGAAGAUGGAACGAAAUUGGAGGAUCUUAAUGAUGAGAUUGAGGCCUUUUCAAAAUUAUGUAAACAAAUGCAUUCAUUGGAUUUAAUAAAACGUACAAAUGAUGCUUUAGAAGAAUUUUUAUGUGAUGAAAUUGAAUUAAGAGUUCAAAAUACUUGUAAAGGAACUUUUGAUAAACCUAUGCUUAGACAUUCAACAAAAUGGUUAUAUUCUACGCUUUAUCCUUGGUUACAAAUUAUAUUUUCCUCCAACUCUCAACUUUCUCAUGAAUCUAUUGAAAAUAGAUUAGUAGCUUGGUCAAAACGAUUAAAUUACCAUUUUUGCAUGAUAUUCUGUGAUUCGAGGAUUUCAGAACUAUUUGACGUAAUUGUUGAUUUUCCCGACUCAAAAAUUGCUAUCGAUGAUUUAAUUGUGUGUAUGAGAAGAUUAGAUAAAGAUUAUAGGUAUCGACUUGUCGAAUCACUUCAUGCAGCUUUCCGUAAAAGAUUGUUAAUUCCAGGAGCUGGUACAAUGGAUAUAAUUAAUACAUACAUUUCUACAAUAAAAUGUUUGAGAUUAUUAGAUUCAUCUGGUGUACUCUUGGAAAAAAUUACUGGACCAUUUAGAAAUUAUUUAAGAACAAGAGAAGAUGCUGCUAGAUGUUUAGUAAGUAGUUGGAUGGACGAGAAAAAUAAUAACAAUGAAUUAAUUGAAGAGUUGGGUCGUACCGAAGAGCCCAUUGAUAAUCAACAAGAUGUUCGGUUUAAUGAUGAUAACUGGCUGCCUGAUCCAAUGGAUGCUGGUCCAGAUUAUAAAUCAUCAAUAUAUCGGUCUGCUGAUAUAACAAACUUACUUGUUAGUUUAUUUGAUACAACGGAUUUAAUCAUAAAAGAAAUUCAAAAUCAGAUGGCUUCUUAUUUAUUAACUAAGACCGAUUAUGAUACAGAGAAAGAACUUACCAAACUUGAAUUAUUUAAACUUCGGUUUGGUGAAUCAAAAAUGUCAACAACCGAAGUUAUGAUUAAAGAUAUUUCUGAUUCGAAAAGAAUAGAUUCAUUUAUUCUUGGUAAUGAUAACCCAUUAAGAAGAAAUAUGUCAGGAUCUUCAUCAGAAGUGAUGAUGUUACAUGGUACUGUAAUAUCAAGAUUAUUCUGGCCUACUCUUAAGGGUGAAGAUUUUGAUGUACCUGAACAAAUUUCCAACGAAAUGGUAAAAUAUGAUGAAGGAUUUCAGAUAUUUAAACCAAGAAGAAAAUUACAAUGGUUAAAAUCAUUAGGAAAGGUUCAAAUAGAAUUAGAAUUACAAGAUCGUACAUUAGAAUUUGAAGUCGCGCCUAUAUAUGCUACGAUUAUUCAUAAUUUUCAGCAACAAGAUAAGUGGAAUUUAGUAGACUUGGCAAAAAAAAUUAAAAUUGAUCCGAUUAUAUUAAAAGGCAAAAUGAAUUUUUGGAGUGAUCGUGGUAUUUUGAAAGAAUUACCGAAUGAUGAAUGGUUGUUAUUAGAAACUGCAGAAGAAGUCGAUCCAAGUAAAAGAGCUUUUGCAUCAAACGAAGAAAAUUGUGAUAAUAUUAUACAAUCAUUAGCGGAACAAAAAGCUGAAGAAUUUAAAAUGUACUGGGCUUAUAUAGAGAAUAUGUUAAAAAAUCUUGGUGGAAUGACAUUAGAAAAAAUUCAUAAUAUAUUAUGUUCUGUAGCCGAACCAACAACAUCAUCAUCAAAUAGUAGUUUUGAUAAUAAUUUAGAAGAUUUAAAAAGCUUUUUAAACCAAAUGGUAGUUGAAGAUAAAUUAGAAUUUCAAGGUGGACUUUAUAAAGCUAAAAUAAACUAAUUAAAUUAGACAUACACUUGGUAUAUAUUGUAAUGUUA